AUGAAGGGAGUACGCGCAGCCAUCGGCGGUGCCCUUGCGGCGCUCAUCAGCCAAGUCCAGGCAAACUCCGACAUUGUCACUCUUUUCACCAAUGGCGAUGCUUACAUCCAGGAAGCCAGCGCUACGCUUGUUCUCCCCAAGCUUCCUUCCUCUAUCUCGGGCGAUGUGGCCAUCUGGAGUGCCAUCAUGAUGGAGAACGAGGCGUCCUUCCUCCAGGGCGUGACCUCCAACUCACCCAGCGGCUCGUACUGCGGUGAUAGUGGAAAGAACUGGUGCAACUUUGCAUACACUUUGGUCGGCUCCAACCCAACCGUCGGCGACGCUGUGACGGCCUCUCCCGGAUCUGAGAUCAAGACUCACUACAAGUUGAACCCGUCUACCCAGCUUUGGGACCAGAAUGUCUACGUGGAUGGCAAGCUUCUCUCAACGGUGUCUACCAGCAAGGGACAGCACGGAAACAUCUUCUACAUCUCCAUCGAGUGCGCUUCCGGCGGCUGCGCCCAGCACCCUGCCCACAGCUGGAAGGAUGUCUCUGUUGUGCUCAGCAAGGCAGACCAGAGCUUCAAGCACAGCGGUAACUGGGACCAUGGCGCGACCGGCGGAGCCAUGUCGACCACCGAUGGCGGCAAGACCUGGAACUUCGGCACCAUCAACGUUCCGGCUCAGAAGGCUCAGUAA